UUUAUGGAUUCAGAAUUAUCAAAUGUUUCUUAAGAAACCUAAAGACAAUAUUAAAUGGUAGAAGGAAUCUCCUAAAAGCGUUUCCUAGAUAAAGCUACUUAAACAGAUGAAAUCAAAUAUGUUAAAGUUUGGAAAAUUAAUUUUGGGUCCUUAAUAUUUUUAUUUUUGGGAAUCAUCAUUUCAUUUGUUAUAUAUGUAGAUAUAUAAGGGAAACUCAAUAUCCAAUAAUAAUAAUUGGAAUAAAAGCGAAAAGUUCAUGAAUCAUAAUAUUUUAGGGAUGCAUUUUAGAUUAUGAAAAAUAAAAGUGUUUUCUAUAAUUACCGGCAUAAAAAAUAUUUUGUAGAGAAUUAGAAUUAUGUAUAAAUGUUGAUUGGGAAUUGUAAAGAGGAAUUGAAUUAAGUGGCAUAAUUGCUGAUAACAUAAACAAUUUCAUAGAUCGAAUAAAUCUAAGAGUAUUAAUGUUUUUUUAAAAUUUUAAAGACUUAUUUACUUUUGAUAAUUCCAUUUAUGGCACUAUCCUUAGGAAUAAUAAAAAUGAUCUUCAAAUGA